ACUGAGCGCCGCGGCGGCGGCGGCGGCGGCGGCAGCAGCAGCAGCAGAGCAGGAGGGAACCGGACCGGAAGGGUCGCAGCGCCCCGCGCCCCUCACACCCACUGCGGCGGCGACGGGGCGGAGCAGAGCGGGGCGGGGCGGCCGGGUCCGGGCCGCGGAGCUGAGAACCGCCAGAACGCAUCGCCGCCAGUGCGCCCUCCCUCUGCCUCCGGCGCGGCGGCGCGGAGCCGAGGGGUCUGACGAAGGUGCAAGCUCUUGGGAGUGCUGUAUGAUACUGCAUCAUGAGUGACAGUAAAGGCGAUGGUCAGUUUUACAGUGUGCAAGUGGCGGACUCAACUUUCACUGUUCUAAAACGUUACCAGCAACUGAAACCAAUCGGGUCUGGAGCCCAAGGAAUUGUCUGUGCUGCUUUUGAUACAGUUCUUGGGAUAAAUGUUGCUGUCAAGAAGUUAAGCCGUCCUUUUCAAAACCAAACGCACGCAAAGAGAGCCUAUCGUGAACUUGUCCUCUUAAAGUGUGUCAACCAUAAAAAUAUAAUUAGCUUGUUAAAUGUGUUCACACCACAAAAAACUCUAGAAGAAUUUCAAGAUGUGUACUUGGUCAUGGAAUUAAUGGAUGCUAACUUAUGUCAGGUUAUUCAUAUGGAGCUGGACCAUGAAAGAAUGUCAUACCUUCUCUACCAGAUGCUCUGUGGCAUUAAGCAUCUGCAUUCAGCUGGCAUAAUUCACAGAGAUUUGAAGCCUAGCAACAUUGUAGUAAAAUCAGACUGUACCCUCAAGAUUCUUGACUUUGGCCUGGCACGGACCGCCUGUACCAACUUUAUGAUGACCCCCUAUGUGGUGACUCGCUACUACCGGGCCCCAGAAGUCAUCCUGGGCAUGGGCUACAAAGAGAAUGUUGAUAUCUGGUCAGUGGGUUGCAUCAUGGGAGAGCUGGUGAAAGGUUGUGUGAUAUUCCAAGGCACUGACCAUAUUGAUCAAUGGAAUAAAGUUAUUGAACAGCUAGGAACACCGUCCGCAGAGUUCAUGAAGAAACUUCAGCCAACUGUGAGGAAUUAUGUGGAAAACAGACCAAAGUACCCUGGAAUCAAAUUUGAAGAGCUCUUUCCAGAUUGGAUAUUUCCAUCAGAAUCUGAGCGAGACAAAAUUAAAACAAGUCAAGCUAGAGAUCUGUUAUCGAAAAUGUUAGUGAUUGAUCCAGACAAGCGGAUCUCUGUGGACGAAGCCUUGCGUCACCCGUAUAUCACUGUUUGGUAUGACCCCGCUGAAGCAGAAGCGCCACCACCUCAAAUUUAUGAUGCCCAGUUGGAAGAAAGAGAGCAUGCAAUUGAAGAGUGGAAAGAACUAAUUUACAAAGAAGUGAUGGACUGGGAAGAAAGAAGCAAGAAUGGAGUAAAGGACCAGCCUUCAGCACAGAUGCAGCAGUAAGUAGCAAGGCCACUCCUUCUCAGUCGUCAUCCAUCAACGACAUCUCAUCCAUGUCCACUGAGCACACCCUGGCCUCAGACACAGACAGCAGUCUCGAUGCCUCAACAGGACCCCUUGAAGGCUGCCGAUGAUACGUCGGAGACGGCACCCUUGUCUGUGAAGGAGCUCUCACUCUCAUGGCCCCGAAGCACAUGGGAGUUGAUGGAACCAAAUCGAAAAACUCCAUGUUCUGCAUGUAAGAAAUGCGAUGCCUUGCCCCUGCUCAGUUCCAGUAGGAUUGCCUGCUUAGACUCUAAAAUGAGGCAGACUAUGUCUGAGGAGAAAGGGCAAACCACACUGUUAGAAACUUUGUUCAAGGUCAUUUCAGGUGAGCAAUUAGAAUAGCUGAGUUUCUUCUCCAAGUUGUGUGGUGUCCGUGGUGACAGCUCAUGUGUAACCGUGGGGACUCGUAUGCAUGUGACCACAAAUGCUUGCUUGAACUUCCCAUGUAGCACUUUGGAAAUCAGUAUUUAAAUGCCAAAUAAUCUUCCAGGUAGUUCUGCUUCUAGAAUAAUCCGUUAAUCCUCAUUAGUAAUUUGGUGUCUGUCCACAAAAAAAAAAAAAAAAAAAGAUUUAUGCGUAUUAAUUGGCCACCCUCAUAUUAUCAUAUCUUACCCACUUUUAUGGUAUGAUUUAUUCUAUCUUUUGUAUUUCAGAAGGAAUAUAAUUAAAUUUAUUUAAUAAAUAAAAAUACAGCUUUUCUUAAAUUUGUGAUGUUUUGGGCUGAGAACUACCGCUGCUAAAACCAAGUUCUUUAUAUAGACACUCUGUGUCCUUUAAACUGCCCAGUGUGGGAUACUUUACAUACAGCUUUCUGCAUGACAAGAGUUUCCAGUUGUAUUCUGUGCUGCUUAAGACAUACAUCACCUUGAGUCCUGCCCACACAUCUCCUUUUUCUUGGUCCUCCAAAAACCUGGAUUUAGAAACUCCCUUAGAAUUCACUUUCUUUAUCACAAAGCACGCCAACUCGAUAGAAUGCUGGGGCAGGGACUCCUGAGCCCACUGCCUGAUGUUGGCGUAGAGCUGACAGAGUGGCCUCCCCAGAAUGGCGCUUCCUUCCCUGAACUUGCCCAUCCCUUGCUCCCUUCUCUUUGUUCAAGGUGAAAGGUGAUUGGGUUCAUGCCUUUCCUUCCGCAGCAUUACCUCCUAUCUUAUCUUUCUCACUGGCAGAAGCCACGUCCAACCAGAGCACAUGAUCUCGUAGGAGGCCGGGCUCACUAUGUCUGUUUGCUGCUGUCAUUUUCCAUUUAGUGGAGGCAUUUCCUUUUCCUAAGGGAAAUUCACGAAUGUUCUGGAAACAUUCUUCAGAAGAAUACAGAAGAAAUAUUCUAGAGAGUAGCGAUUCGUUCUUGAAUAUUUUCUGAUUUAAAACUGCUCACCUGAAAUUGAUGCUUUCAGACCCUGAUCUGUAAAUUACUCAAGAUUUAGUAAGAUGCUGAGUUCCCUGUGUUGUUGCAGAAAUGGAGUUGGGAUGGUCUUACCUUGGCUACUUGCGCUCAGAGUAUUUUCUCCCUUGAGCUUAUUUUGUUAACAAUUCAUAUCUUGUGUUCAGUUACUUUGGGAGCUAUGGAGUGUGUUCUAGGAGGAUAUUUGGUAAGAACUUUUUAUGAAAAGUACCAUCGGAUACAUGAUUCUGUCUGCACCAGUCAUAUCCUGAUGGUUGGUCUGAUCACUGGAACCUUUAAUGAACAAGAUUAAUCUUGAAAUAAGGAUUAGCUUUAUAUCAUGUAUGACACUUUCAGGUACACAGUGGGAAUGCUAGUGCAGGUGGAGGCAGAGAUGCUUGUUUAUGGUUCCAGGUUAGCGGGCCCUGGAAGCCUGAAGUCACAGGCCUGAACAUUCCCACUGUGCAUCUUGUCAGCAUCGUACAGUGGUCUUCCCUCUGAUGCCUAUUCGUUUAAAUGACUUCACUGACACUACCCUUAAGAGGGAAGUACAGAAAGGGAGCUUUUAAGCUGCAUUGUUUGCCCUGCACUGUAGGGGGAGUGUGCUAUGAUGGAGGCUUACCCCAGUCCCACUGACAGGAGACACCAGUGAGUGGAGCCCUGCUGCCCUAAAGAGUGGCUUCUCUCGCCCCUUAUCUGCAUAUCCAGCGAGCCUGUUGUGGAUGGAGCCUGUGCUGGUGUGGACAGGGUCUUCUGCCAAGACCCUCGUCCAUCAGGCAAGUGCACCUGUGACAGCCACAGAGCUCCACAGAAAUACCUCACCCCAGUUUCAGGGUCCUCCCUCCUGAGCCUAGAUUUGCCAGGGUCCUGGGACAACGCAAAUGGUUUCGAACUGACCUCUGUAGGCAAAUGCCGAUGUUGGAUGAAGAACUGAAAAAUGUGCUCAACUUUUUCAUCUUUUCUAUUUUAUUUUUGUAAUUUAUAUUGUACACACCCUGGAAGACACUAUUUUGGACAUGUAUUUUUAUAAACCAGGUAAUUGAUGAUUAUCUGGAAUUUGCACUGUUAGUUUUUGUUGUUGUUGUUGGCUUAGUUUUCAGCCAAAAGUAGAAUGACUACCCCUUCCAGGUCUGGGUUUCCAUUUCAAGCGCAGGUCUGGAGGACAGACGUGUCCAGCCAGGGUAGGAGAGCAGCCUCAGAAUAUAGGCUGCAUAGUGCCUCAAGCACUGGGCCUGCAGUCAGAACCAGGCUGGGCUCUUAUCUUUAGAAUACAAAGACCAGAGCCCUGGUGUUGGAAGGAGAAAGCCCUCCAAAGGGCCUUGCUGACCGCUGGGCCUGCAUCUAAAGCAAGAACGCAACACUGGUUUCAUCUGGGCUGAGUGGUGCGUGAGUCAUGGUAACGGUAUAUGAGUUUGUCUGCUUAGUUCUGAUGUGACUCCUCUGGUUCUCAUGCUGGUAAUAUGUACAGGCGCAACCUUUCAGAUUGUCUAUCUCAAAAGUAACAUUGCUUAUGUUUUAUAAUAAAAUAUAUUGUGUGUGUUUUGAUUGGUGGAAAAUAAUACAAACUACAUUUUAAAAGAGAAAUGUACAGCAUGUCCAAUUCCUGUGUGUUUUAAAGUGACAAUUGACUGACUGUAUCUUUCCACAUCACCAUUUUGAUUACAAACUUAACACGAAUA